AUGGCUGGCACCAAGCGGAUCUCUGUGGGUGAAGUUGCCCAACAUUGCAGUCCCAGUGAUUGCUGGGUUGUGAUAAACGAGUAUGUCUGGGAUUUAAGUGAAUUCGCCCUAAAACAUCCAGGUGGUUCCAUCCUUCGAUAUGCGGGCCAAGACGCCUCCCAGGCUUACAACGAAGUCCACGAUCCCGAUCUUCUAUCUCAUGCUCUUACUGCGAACGAACUUGUCGGUCAGCUCCAUCGGUCUUCUCCCAACGCAGAGUGGCACAACAGCUCCGUUCGGGAGGCAGCUCCUCGGCGUCCACUCAAGCCGCCUCUAGGUACCAUUCUCAGUGCCCAAGAUUUCGAACUCGUUGCGCAAGAUACCUUCUCAAAGAAAGCGUGGGCGUUCUACUCGUCAGCCGCCACAGAUCUGGUGUCUAUUAACGCGAACAGAUUGCUCUAUCACCGCAUUUGGUUUCGGCCCCGGUUGCUACGCAACGUGCGGGACGUAAGCACCAAAUGUACAGUCCAGGGUGUCAAAUGCUCUUUGCCUGUCAUUGUUGCACCAGUAGCUCUGGCGAGGCUCGCUAAUCCUAUUGGUAAGAAAGGAAUAGCAAAGGCAGCUGCUAGCAGAGGCAUCUUUCACUGUAUACCUAUUACGGCUUCCAGCCCAGUCGAAGACGUUAUUUCGGACGUCCCUUUCCCCGCGACCGUCUUUUUCUUUCAGCUAUAUGUCGCCAAGGAUAGGGAAGUUUCUGAAUCGCUUUUGCGCCGGGUGUGGGAGCUCGGUAUUCGCACCUUGUUUGUGACCAUUGAUGCUCCUGUUGCCGGCAAACGGGAAGCGGAUGAGAAAGUAAAAGCACAAGAUAUGAUAGCAAUGCCAAUGACAGGCACUCGAUCAAGGGAAGAUGGCGCAGGGAGCGGUCUUACCCGAACCACGGGUUCGCUGGUCAUUAAGGGGAUACAGUCUGUUGAGGAUGCUCGGAUGGCGGUGGAAGCUAGGGUGAGUGGGAUUGUCUUGAGCAAUCACAGCGGGCGAAACCUCGACACUUCCCCUCCAGGGCUUCUUACACUACUGGAGUUGCAACGGCAUCUACCAUCAAUUUUUAGUCACGUAGAGGUCUACGUCGAUGGAGGAGUCCGCCGUGGCACUGAUAUACUGAAAGCGCUUUGUUUGGGAGUGAAGGCAGUGCUAAUUGGGCGGCCAUUCCUUUACUCCCUCGCCUACGGAGAGAACGGGCCCCAGCAUCUUCUUGAUAUUUUUCAGGCUGAGCUCGAGACAGCCAUGAGGUUGAUCGGGAUCACAGAACUUUCGCAGGCACACCCGGCCUUUGUUAACACACGCGACCUCGACCAUCUAGUCGUACAAAAGGUGAGGACUCCUGCCUCGCAUGCAAUGCCACAUGCAAAGAUCUGA